AGAUUCCCGGCUUGCUUGCUUUUCUCGCCCCUUCGUUUCCCCUUUUCCGCUCGUCUUGCUUUCCCAUGUAACAGUGGUGAGAGGGAGGGAAGAGCACGCGGGACCGAAGGCGAAGAGCUCACGAGGAAAUCCGCAUCCGAGGAGUGACCAACAAACGGGACUCCACUGGCGGCGUCAAGCUUCUUGCUCAUCUUGUAACGCGUCGGCCGGAAAGUUCGAGCCGUCCAUGACCGAGGUUAAGGAAGUUUUGGAAGAUCAUCCCGACGGGGUUCUUGCUGCAAUCUAGAUUUUGGGUUUCGCUAUCUCCUCAGCAUGCUCUCCAGUUCGCAGAAGGAGAGAAGCCGCGACCGGUCCGCCGCUUCUUAUCCUCUCUCCGCGUCGCCCGGUGACGGUCCCCUCAGAACCCCCUGGUUGACGUCUAGGGUUUCCGAUGUGGUGUGUACUCCCACGCCGGGAGCUGCCAGCCGUCUUGCCGAGGAGGACUUGUGGAAGCGCCCGAGGGAGGUCGGAAUCGACGAGGAGAACCUCCGCCAGAAGGACAAGGCCGCGCUUAUCUCUUACAUUACCAAACUUGAAACAGAACUCUAUGAGUGCCAGCACCAGAUGGGGCUUUUGCUUUUAGAGAAAAAAGAAUGGGCAUCCAAACACGAGAAAGUUAAGGCUGAUGCUGAAUUGGCUGAGGAGAAGUACAAGCGCGAACGAGCUACACAUCUGCGGUCUUUAGCUGAAGCUGAAAAGUGGGAGCUGAGCCUUAAGACUUCAUUGGGAGUAGCGAAAGAGUGCAUCACAAGUCUAGAGAAGGCAUUACGGGAAAUGCAAUCGGAUCUUGCUGAAAUCAAGACUACAACUGAAACUAAACUUGCAGAGGCACGAAGAUUGAAAGAAAAUGCUCAAAACCUAUCCUUAACUGCUGAAUCAAGAUUGCAUGCUGCUGAAGCUUUGGAAGCUGAAGCUAGUGGACACCGUUCUGUUGCCGAAAGAACGUUGCAGGAAAUAGAAGCCCGUGAAGAUGCACUUAGGCGGAAACAUAUGUCAUUUGAUUCUGAGUUUGAGGCUAAGGAGGAGGAGUUACGUAUUGAAAAACAAAGGCUUCAAGGACUUCAAACUGUUCUGCAAGUGGGGCAGGAAAGGCUUCUUGAGGGGCAGACCUUGCUAAGUGAAAGAGAUAAAGUAAUUUCUGAAAAGUUUGAGGAGUUGAGGCAGCUUGAGAAGCAGCUGGAGGCAACAAAGGAAACAAUUAAAAAGGAUCUCUUAGUUGUGGAGGAGGAGAAAGCCAAUUUGAGCUCAAAGUUGGCUGCAUUAGCAACUAGAGAGGAGGCUGCAAUUCAAAAGGAGCUGCUCAACCAAAAAAAAGAGCAGGAGUUACUUAUUUUUCAAGAGAACAUUGCAACCAAGGAACGUGAUGAACUUAAAAGGCUUACGGAUGAACAUCAACUUACUCUUCAAUUGAGAAGGAAGGAAUUUGAAUCUGAGCUUGAUCAUAAGCGGAAGUUGAUGGAGGAUGAAUUGGCAGUUCUACAGCGAUCUCUUCAGCAGAGGGAGGCAGAUGUAAAACACAGGGAGGAGCUGAUGCAUGGAAGGGAACAGGAAUUGGAAAUGGACAAGCAAGAACUGCAAAGAAACGAGAAGGAAAUGGAGGAAAUGCUAAGAACUCUUGAUGAAAGAGAAAGGGUCCUGAAGUCUGCUGAAGAAAAAAUAGAAAUGGAGAAGAAAUCCAUGCAGGAAGAGAGAGAGGAGCUUAAACACACUAAACUAGAGCUUGACAGAUUAAAAGAACUACUGGAAAAUGAAAAGAAACAAAUUCUUUCUGAGCAAAAGGCGGUUGAGAUGAAAAAAAGUGAAAGACAGGGAUUUGUGGUUCUUGAGAUAAAGCUUAAGGAAGAAAUUGACUACUUCCGAGCUCAGAAGAGGGAACUUAUAGCUGAAGCAGAUGAACUGAAAUCACAAAAGUUGAAGCUUGAAAGCGAAUGGGAACUAUUUGAUGAAAAGAGAGGAGAGCUGCAAAGAGAGAUUGAACAAGUUGCUGAAGAGAGAAAAGCCAUAACCAGGCUUUUGAAAGAGGAGAAAGGUAGGCUUAAGAUGGAAAAGGAGGCACUUCAGGAUCAGUUCAAACAUGAUUCGGAUGUGCUUUUUAACGAACGUAAUGAAUUUAUGAGCAAGAUGGCUCGUGAUCAUUCUGAAUGGUUCAGCAGAAACCAAAGAGAACGAGAAGACAUAGCUAAGGACUUUGAGGUUCAGAAAAGAGAAUUGGAGAACAAUAUCAAGAAGAGGCAUGAGGAAAUAGAAAGGUUCUUCAAAGAGAGACAGGAAUUAUUUCAACAAGAAAAGGCUAGAGAUAUCUCUCAAAUCAAUUCUCAAAGGGAAUUAGCCCUUAAAGAGCUGGAAGAAGUUGCUCUCGAAAGGAAAAGGCUUGAGACUGAGAGGCAGGAAAUUGUUCUUGAUCGUGAGCAAAGAGAGCGAGAAUGGUCUGCAAUAAGGAAUGACAUUGAAGAACUUCAGGUCCAGCAUGAUAAGCUGAAAAAGCAACGAGAAUUGUUGCAUAAAGAUAGAGAGGAGAUACAGAAUCAGAUUCAGAUACUUCGAAGACUAGAGGGCUUGCAUGAAGCUGCAGAAAAUAUGCUGCUUCCUGGUUCAUGUUCUCAGGGGUUGGCUCCUAAUACACUGAAGAUGGUGGUUAGUAAUGAACAAAAUGCUACAGAUGUUGGUGAAAUUAGGGAGGAAGCUGAUGCUAAUGAUAAGUCGAUAGCAAAGCAAGAUCCAGGUAGUGCUUCACCCAACAGCACCUUGUCAUGGUUUAGGCGUUGUGCUGAAAAAUUAUUCAAGCUCACUCCUGAAAAGUCAGUUCAGGUAAGGCAUGAAACAGAUCAAAAUACGAGAACCAUAGCUAAGCCUUCCAAGCUGUUUGUUUUGCAAGAGACUGGAAUUCCAGAUUCAGAUAUGUUGGAUAUGAAUUCACCAAAUGCCAAGAUGGUUUGCACGUCAAAAAUGGGUGCAUUUAUGGGAGAUUCCUUUGUUUCAGAAAAGGAAAACAAUGAAACUGGGCAAGCAAUUCUUGAGACAUUUCACAGUCAAUCAAUGAGGUCAAGUCAAGAAGAGUUAAAAGUGAUUCAUGAAGUGCCAUCGGCAAGAGAACUUGGUAGUAGCUCUCACGGACUGUCACCUGAGUUCAGCCUGAAGGAAAUAGAUGUAGCGCAUUGCACCAAAGUUGCUGUUGUUGAUGUGAAGGAGAAAAGAGCGGAAUUGACUGAUGAUGUACCAAAUGGGUCUCUUGUGGGUAGAAAGAGGCCUCAACAGGCUUUGUCUAGUCGUGCUAAGAAGCCAAAGCGUACUGGUAGGAAAAAUAAAAGAAAACGUCUUCUGAACGAUACUGCUGAAAGCACAAAAGAAAACACAAGCAUGGUCAAUGAAGCUGGGAACAUUCUUCUCGAUCAGCCUUCAGUAGUUGGGCUUGCAGAAUCAAGUGGUUUAGUGCAAGGAGUUCCCUUAGCUGAAGAACACAAUUUGGGGACAUCAGAAGAUGAUAAGUUGACCAAUUUGCAGAAGUUUGAAGUCAUGCAGAACAAUGAUAGCAUUCUGUGUGGACAAUCAUCUAAAGAUAUCCUUGUUUUAUCCUCUUCCUGCAAGUGGCAAGAGGCAGCAGAGUCAGGUGAGGUGCAGGAGAAAUCAUGUUUAUGCCCUGCAGGACCAUCAGAUGAGCUUACAACGUCCACAAUUCAUCGUGAUGGAAAGGAAAACUUGUUGGCUUCUAAGAGCAGUGAUACUAUUGAAGCGACCACGUGAUGGUGAAUGUGAACCUAUGAGCUUGUAAAUCUGGAUUGCAGUCCAUGUUUCUCAAGUAGAAAAAUGAAGAAAAGUAUCGGUAGUAUAACCCUCUGAAGUGAGUAUGCUCCUUUGUGUGUGAUAAUAUCCGUACCAAUCUUAAGUUGCUAGCCUUAAAGGACCUCCAGUUUGCAGUUCUUCAGUUCCUUGUGAUUUGUUUGCGCAUGAGCUUCUUGGUGCGAACUAUGAAUCUCUUGGUGCAACAGGCAUUGGGCUGGCUUAUUUUAUUGGACUUGCUGUAAAUCUCCUAGCUGAUAUUUUUUGGCUGAUGCAUAGUGUAGAGUUCGCUUUUCAUGUUCGAAUUUGUAAAUUUCCCAGAUUCCAACUAACAUCUAAUAGUUAGUACAUAUAUUGGGGCGUGUAAAAGGGAGGUAGUCAUGUGAGUGAUGGUAGAUUGUGCAGGUCUGUUGUCUUACAGUACAAGCCGAAAGUGUGUAACUUGAACCAUGUUUUUUUCUUUCUACAAGAGUUAUACUGGAUUACUUGUCUGUGUUAGUAUGAGACAAUCAAAUUAUGCUUCGGAAAUUUGUUGAAGAGAGAAGAAAUGGCCUGAAUGGGUUUAUCUUU